AAACAAGAUGGCGGCAGCCUUGAAGCAGCAGCAGCUGUGAAGAACAGAAGCGAGAAAACAGAGGAAUAAAGAGCGAAAAAGAAGGAGAAGAACGACUGUGUGUCCGUCAGUGAGCCGAGCGGAGGAGGCCAGCGUCAGGUAUUUUACGUCUCGCACAUGGAUGCAGUUCCCGUAACGCUGAAGUGAAUGUGUGUGCUUCUGCAGAGAUGUCCGGAUCUCCAGUAGUCCCCAGCGUGGGCUAAUCCAACACCAGCUGCAUAUCAUCACAAAACAUUUUUGACUUUAUUUUUGAUUUCUGUGCACGUGAGCCGCGAUGCUGCGCUUUAACAGGCGUUUAUCGGCUAUUAUGCUAUUCUGAUCAUCAUCAUCGAUUAAUACGUUUAUAAUAAAGAUGAGCGUGGGCGCGGAUCUCCAGCAUCUGGAUUACCUGACGGAGAACGAGCUGAUGGGGAUGGACACCUUCAUCCACCGCAUCGACUCCACUGAGGUCAUUUACCAGCCGCGCCGCAAGCGUGCCAAGCUGAUCGGGAAAUACCUGAUGGGGGAUCUGCUGGGCGAGGGGUCUUAUGGAAAGGUGAAGGAGAUGCUGGACUCGGAGACGCUCUGCAGAAGAGCCGUCAAGAUCCUCAAGAAGAAGAAGCUGCGGAGAAUCCCUAAUGGAGAGGCUAACGUCAAGAAGGAGAUUCAGCUGCUCAGACGACUACAGCACAAAAACGUCAUUCAGCUGGUGGACGUGCUGUACAACGAGGAGAAGCAGAAAAUGUAUAUGGUGAUGGAGUAUUGUGUGUGUGGAAUGCAGGAGAUGCUGGACAGUGUUCCAGAGAAGAGGUUUCCAGUAUUUCAAGCUCACGGGUACUUCUGUCAGCUCCUGGAUGGUCUGGAGUAUUUGCACAGCCAGGGAAUCGUCCACAAAGACAUUAAACCUGGGAAUCUGCUGCUCACCACAGACGGAGCGCUCAAGAUCUCUGAUCUGGGGGUGGCAGAGGCGCUGCACCCAUUUGCGAAGGACGACACGUGUCGGACGAGUCAGGGCUCUCCAGCGUUUCAGCCACCAGAGAUCGCCAACGGUCUGGACACGUUUUCAGGGUUUAAGGUGGACAUCUGGUCUGCUGGAGUCACACUAUACAACAUCACCACGAGCCUGUACCCGUUUGAGGGAGACAACAUCUAUAAGCUAUUUGAAAACAUUGGGAAAGGAGAUUACAGCAUCCCGGAGGAGUGCGGCCCGCUGCUCUCAGACCUGCUGAGGGGAAUGCUGGAAUAUGAUCCUGUAAAGAGGUUUUCAAUACAGCGCAUCAGACAGCACAACUGGGUGCGCAAGAAACACGCGGCGUCGGAGCGUCCAGUGCCCAUCCCGCCCAGCGCAGAGACACGGGACCGCUGGCGGAGCAUGACUGUAGUGCCGUACCUGGAGGACCUGCACGGCUACGGGGACGAGGAGGACGAGGAGGAGCUGUUUGAUGGAGAAGAUGACAUCAUAUACACUCAGGACUUCACUGUACCGGGUCAGGUAGCUGAGGAUGAGGAGGAGGAGUGUGCUCCUGAACGCACCUGUGCUGUGGCCAAAGCGGUGUGUGUGAACGGGACGGAGUCUGCAGCGCUGAAGCCCAAAUGUGAGCGUCGCUCCAGCUCCUCCUCCAACCCGUCCCGCAAGGGGCUCUCAGCCGCCAGCAAGAUCCGCAAACUCUCCACCUGCAAACAGCAGUGACACACCCGCUCACCUGCACCAACACCUCUGUACAGGUUUAUGUUGUUUCCCAGAAGUCCAUCCUGAACGCUGUUCCCGACGCACAUUCAGCCAUGAUGAUGAUGAUGAUGAUGAUGAUGAACUCUCAGUGCCAGGACGUUUCCCACAAUCCUCCUCUGUGGCGAGGAUCCUCCACGCGGUUUCUCACGCCUGACUUUAAGUUUAGUUCUAGAGCGUCUUUAAUUUACAGUAACGCCUGAAGAUGCUUGUGUACAGAGAUGAUGAUGAUGAUGAUGAAGCGCUGCAUGCUGACACGCGUUUGGAGGCGACGGACGGACAGACGGACGUUUGGUUCAUUUUCCCCCAUUUGGUUUGUUUUCCCCAAUAAAUAUUUUUUAAGUAUUAUUUAUAUAAAACACAUCCCAACUGAA